UCUCUCUCUCUCUCUCUCUCUCUCUCUCUCUCUCUCUCUCUCUCUCUCUCUCUCUCUCUCUCUCUUUGUCUCUGGUCAAUCUUUUUGUUCGAUUCGUCGAUCGGAGAUUUUGACCGGAGAUUUCAGUUUGUAGAUCGCAGCUAUGUCGUACUCCGAUUCCGAUUCGUCCUCUCAGGCUGCCGAUUACAAGAAUUUCCGGCAGAUUACACGCGAACGACUAUUGUAUGAGAUGCUUAGAUCUGCGAAGACUGGGAGCUCUAAAUCCACAUGGAAGGUACUAAUCAUGGACAAACUCACUGUCAAGAUAAUGUCAUACGCCUGCAAAAUGGCUGAUAUCACACAAGAAGGAGUUUCAUUGGUUGAAGACAUUUUUAGACGGAGGCAACCUCUACCUUCAAUGGAUGCCAUUUACUUCAUCCAGCCAACUAAAGAGAACGUCAUCAUGUUCUUGUCAGACAUGUCUGGGAAAUCACCAUUGUACAAGAAGGCAUUUGUUUUCUUCAGCUCACCGGUUUCCAAGGAGCUGGUUGGUCACAUAAAGAAAGAUUCGAGUGUAUUACCUCGGAUUGGAGCUUUAAGAGAGAUGAACUUGGAGUUUUUUGCCAUCGAUAGCCAGGGUUUCAUCACCGAUCAUGAGAGAGCUCUAGAGGAUCUUUUCGGUGAUGAAGAAACUUCUCGAAAAGGCGAUGCGUGCUUAAAUGUCAUGGCUUCUCGAAUUGCCACAGUCUUCGCUUCACUACGGGAAUUUCCUACAGUACGAUACCGGGCUGCAAAGUCACUUGACGCAUCGACAAUGACAACUAUGCGCGAUUUAAUUCCCACGAAGCUAGCAGCUGGAAUCUGGAAUUGUCUGGCAAAACACAAACAGUCGAUUGAAAAUUUCCCACAGACUGAAACGUGUGAGCUGCUCAUCCUCGACAGAUCCAUAGAUCAGAUUGCCCCUAUUAUACAUGAGUGGACUUAUGAUGCUAUGUGCCAUGAUUUACUGAACAUGGACGGCAACAAAUAUGUACACGUGAUUCCAAGCAAGUCAGGUGGACAACCAGAGAAGAAAGAUGUGCUCUUGGAGGAGCAUGAUCCUAUUUGGCUAGAGCUUCGACAUGCACAUAUAGCAGAUGCUAGUGAAAGAUUGCAUGACAAGAUGACCAAUUUCUUAUCGAAAAACAAAGCUGCUCAGCUUCAGCAUGGUAAGAGAGAUGGAGGUGAGCUUUCCACGAGGGAUUUGCAGAAGAUGGUUCAAGCAUUACCACAAUACAGUGAACAAAUUGACAAACUGUCACUCCAUGUAGAGAUUGCUAGAAAAAUCAACGACCUUAUCAGAGAGCAGGGACUUCGGGAGCUGGGACAACUUGAACAAGACCUUGUCUUCGGUGAUGCUGGAAUGAAGGAUGUGAUUAAAUAUUUGAGUACUCAAGAGGUUCCACAUCUAUUAAUAGUGGUUUUUUUACUGCAAUUUGAUGAGAUAUUGAGCUGUUUGACCUGUAUAUAUUUUCGAACUCAUGUACAGGAGGCAAGUCGUGAAGGGAAGUUACGCCUGCUGAUGAUCCUCGCAACGAUUUACCCUGAAAAGUUUGAAGGAGAAAAAGGUCAAAAUCUAAUGAAGCUGGCGAAACUCUCAUCUGACGACAUGAGCGCUGUGAAUAAUAUGAGAUUGCUUGGUUCAGCCGUCGAUGCUAAAAAGAAUACUCCGGGAGGUUUCACUUUGAAGUUUGAUCUUCACAAGAAGAAACGAGCUGUCAGGAAAGAGCGCCAAGAGGAAGCAGCAUGGCAGCUAUCUCGUUUUUACCCCAUGAUUGAGGAACUCAUCGAGAAGCUUAGCAAAGGAGAAUUGCCAAAAGAGGAUUUCCCAUGUAUGAACGACCCAAGCCCUAGUUUCCACGGAUCAACUUCGCUUUCUUCAUCAGCAAGUAGUAAUCAAGGUCAAGCUGCUGCCCAGUCCAUGAGAUCAAGACGCACACCAACAUGGGCUAAACCUCGAGGCUCAGAUGAUGGAUACUCAAGUGAUUCGGUGUUAAGACAUGCGUCCAGCGAUUUCAGAAAGAUGGGACAGCGAAUAUUUGUGUUUAUUGUUGGUGGAGCGACAAGAUCAGAGUUAAAAGUAUGCCACAAACUAACCACGAAACUCAAAAGAGAAAUAAUCCUCGGUUCCACGAGCAUCGAUGAUCCUCCACAGUUCAUAACGAAACUGAAGCUCCUGUCUGCAAGCGAGUUAUCUAUAGACGAUCUCCAAAUAUGAGAAUCCAGAUCUCAAAUCAAAAUCCGUGUCUAUUGCUCUUUGAUAUCUCCCAUUCUAAUUUGUAACCAAGUUAAAGACAUGUAAAAGGGGUGAAAAAUAAAUAAUCAGAUUUUGAGAUCAUGACUGUAUGUGUACCCUUUUAUUGUUUGUCAUCUAAAGAUGUAAAGCAACUCAUAAAGUUGACUUCUAUAUCUUUGGCUAUUGUCUUGUUAAAUUUGAUUGUGUAAAUUACUCUAAAUUGUUUGUUUUGCUUUCUCAGUCUUCUUUUCUGAUCAUUUCCCAAAAAUGCAAAGACAGAGCUAAG